GCGCCCCUUUCCCCCCCGUUUAAAGCCCGUGUUGUUGUUAUGUAGUCGUUGGGUGAUGUGCUACCUGCAUGCUUUGACUGGGGAAUGCGUUUACCUACACAUUUUUAAGCCGUGCACUUGGCGCGUUUAGGAGGCGGAUACUCAAAGUCAUGACAUUAUCGAUGAUGCGUAAAGCUCAUAUAGCCUCGAAUUAUCGCUUUGCAGCUGCAUCCUACACCUAGAGCUGCUCAAACUGUUCCAGUCGGACGCGUUUAUUUCAGGAAGAGCAUUCAAACAUUGAAGCAGCGUACACUGGCGAGCCUGCAGCCCCGUGUGCAGCCUGCAACGGGAGCCACAGUGCGCACAGAUGGCCGAGAGACAGCGCCGUGUUAGCGGUGACCGUUAACCGGCCACCACGCAGAUAUGAAACGCAAUAACGCCCGCAUCUUUACGGUAAAAGAACUUGUUUUAGACAACUGUCGCUCAAACGAAGGAAAGAUCGAGGGUCUAACAGAUGAAUUUGAGGAGCUGGAAUUUCUAAGCACAAUCAAUGUUGGACUGACGACAGUUGCCCACUUGCCGAAGCUAAAUAAACUCAAAAAGCUUGAACUCAGCGAUAACAGGAUCUCAGGAGGGUUGGACGUUCUGGCGGCGAAAUGCCCCAACCUCACACAUCUCAACCUCAGUGGCAACAAGAUUAAAGACCUCAGCACAAUAGAACCAUUGAAAGAAUUGGGGACCCUGAAAAGCCUAGAUCUGUUUAACUGUGAAGUGACAAACCUGAACGAAUACAGAGACAACGUAUUCAAGCUACUACCCCAGCUCACGUACCUGGACGGGUACGACAAAGACGACAAAGAGGCACCAGACUCUGACGCCGAGGUUUACGCGGAGGGUUUGGAUGACGACGAGGAAGACGAAGACGAUGUAGAUGAGGAGGAGGAUGACGAAGAUGCAGCACCAGGAGACGAGGAGGAGGAGGAGGGAGAGGAGGAGGAAGAGGAGAAUGAAGAGGAGGAAGAGGAGGACUUAAGUGGAGAGGAGGAAGAGGAGGAAGAUCUGAAUGACAAGGAGGUUGAUGAUGAGGAUGAUGAAGAAGAAGAACGAGGUCAGAAGAGAAAAAGGGAACUGGAUGAAGAAGGGGAGGAGGAUGAAGACGAUUGAGCGUCCUCUUGAAGCUAAGUUGUGAACUGUUUUAAGCUUGUAUCUCCCAGUCACUUCCCAACAACCCCAUGUAUUUCCUCCCCCCCCCCCCGAUUUCAUAUUGCAGUAGGAGUGUUUUUUGUUUGGCCAGUCAGGUAGACGGGGUUGCUGGAGAAUAAGUUACUUCAUGUACCCUUGAUGCUCCCGUGUUCCAGUCUUUACAGUCCACUUUAACUGCUUUGUGGACGCCAGUUUUGUAAUAUCAAUAUUAGCAAGAUAAAACCUUUUUAAGAAUUUUUUCUUUUCUCACCGUUUGUGUAAGACCAGUUUCUGAUGACUUAUAUAUUUCAAGACCCACCCCCCCCCCCCCCCCCCCCCCUUCAAAAGAAAAAAAAACAAAAUGAAACAAAAAAGAGUGCAUGUCUAAUACAUUUCAAGUCAACUACUGGAUUUCAUGUAUGGCUUUCCUCUCCUCGUCUUAAACUUAUUUUGCAUUGGUAUUUUUUUAUUUUUUUUUUUUUUAAUGUAAGUUAUGUAUUUGUAGUGUCACAAGUAUGCCAAUACUCUCUGCUGUCCUGGUGUGAAACUUCUGUCUCAACAUGCACAGUGUGACACUCGCAGGGCAUAUUUUUAAAUCAUAGAAAAACAAAUGUCUGCCCUUGUCAAAGCUGCUCCUCCUCCUUAAACCCUCAGCUUUGAUAGUUCGGAAAUUACGUGUUCUUGUAAAUAAUGACCAAAUCUAUUUUUUUGUAUUCUCUUUGAUGACGGCAGACAUUAAACAGACAGCUGAGUUGAAACUAUGAAUUGUAAUAAGAUAUUAAAUAUGUAUGCUGCUUUAUCUAAAAUACGCAGUGUGAAAUUUCUUGAAUUUGAACAUAACUUUGUAUGCAUAAUCUUUCCAUAAAGAGAAAUGUUCAACAUCAGAACUCAUUAUCGCUUUUUCCAUUUUCUUUUCUGUGACACACAGGUGGCAAUGUUUGAAUUUGUGGUGGUAGUGUAGAGAAAUACCUAAAUAGAAAAAAAGAUAUAAAUGGAGGUUAAAACCGCAACUUAUGUGCAUUGAAAAUGUAUUGUUUCAAAGUGUAAACUCUGGAAAACAGUCAGGUAUUUGGACUUUGUUUUCACUAUUAUACGUAAUGGUCAAAUUGGCCUACCUCAGUGAUUUUUCACCAUAUGUUAAAUCCACUGUCAUCAGCCAAAUUGUUUUUUUUUUCCCCUUCCCAUUCACUUCAAUAAAUCCCUUUUAUAUAUGU